AUGGCUCAGAUCGAGUAUCGCUGCUCGAUCGGAGCCGACAACAAGAAUGGAGCCGCCGAUGCCAUCGCCGUCGACCGCGUCUUACCUUCGACCAAAGCGCCUCAAGGCCUCACCAUCUCCUUCCAGCGAACCAUUCGCGUUCCUGGCAACGGAGCGUUCUCCCAACUCCCUCCUUCUUUCGGUGCUUUCCCCCUGUAUAAAGUUCAAGACUAUGCCUCCCGUCUCCCACCAAGUAUGAUGAACAAGAGAGGAAUUUUCUUCCCAAUGCACCAAAAAGAAGCCAUGUGGAUAUGCUUCAAAGCAGACGCACCUUUCAUGAUCAAGAUUUACUGUGGAGGUGUCAAUGUUGUCUCAGGUGAGCACGCGGAUGAGGACACCGCAACCAAGCAUCGGCGCUCGAGGCUUCGUGAGCAAGGCAAGCCCAUUCAAGACUACGUUGUUGUGCCGGAACAGCUCUGGCUCGAUGGUAUGGCUAUUGAACCUUCAAUCGUGCGGCAAUUCGUGGCAAUGCCCAUUGGCCAUAGUUAUACUGUGGAAGCCCAGCUCACUGGCAAGGAGGUCGCCGGAGGGCUAAUGUUCGAGAUUACACCUGCUCUUUGUGAUCCAAAGGAUCAACCGCCCCUCGAACUCUUCGUAAAAGAUUUCACAAACAGGCAUCUUCGUGUGCGAUGCUAUCCAGACGAUGACCUGUUUGCUUUCAUGGACCGUCUGCACGAUAUGAUAGGACUCCCGCCUGGGCUGCAGAAGCUGAUGUAUCAAGGCACUUUUAACCCAACUGUUCAGCCUGGUUUCAGGAGGCUGAAACAAUCAUACUAUGAACUUCAUGAAGAUGACAACAGGACCCUCAGUGAUUACAACAUUCAGACGGGUGAUAUCUUCCAAAUGGGGUUGAGACUGCGAGGGGGCGGCGCUCUCCCCUUACGAACUCGUGACGAACGGCUCGGAAUUGCUGCUGGAGGGAUGAUCAAACAAAAUAUCCGGCAAGACACCCACAAUCCUCAAGAAUGGGUCAAAGGCUUGACUAUCACCAUCUCUGUCCAAAUUCUGAACAACCUGGCCUUCCGCCGUAUCACUGGCCUGGAGCCACCCGCAUGUCCUAUCAACGCAGACACUUAUGCUCAAGCUGGCCUCCCAUUCUUUGAAUUGUACGAGGAAAACUCAACCAAUGUCUCUGGCGCUGAGGGUUUUGGAGCUCUUCAAAGCAUCAACGAAAUUGAGAUGGCCCGUGGCCAAAUAGAUCGUCCUGAACCUAUGGUCUAUCCUCCCAUCAAUAGACUGUAUGAGAACAGUCUUGGAACUACGGUCUGGAAAAACGGCGAGGUCUUCCACAUCGAAGACCCGGAUGGAUUGCUGAGCCCUGGCGGCCCAUGUCAGGAUUUCCGCACUCUUGCAGACCUCGAGGAAGAACUCAGAAACUUGAAAUUGUCAAGCGAGGGCGACUAA